CUGGCUUGUCCGGUUUCCGGUCGCUAAGGUUUGGUGAGAAAGACGGGCAGCAGGGUUUCUCUGUCUAUAAAUAGCAGCCUCCAUUUCUCCAUUAAAACUCGCCAAGGCAUAACAAAGGUCACUCAAUCAGAUCUGAAAACUAUCUCUUCUCAUCAUUUCGAAUGGAGACUUUCUUGUUUACCUCCGAAUCUGUCAACGAAGGUCACCCUGACAAACUAUGUGAUCAGAUCUCCGAUGCAGUCCUUGACGCUUGCCUUGCCCAGGACCCCGACAGCAAGGUCGCUUGUGAGACCUGUACCAAGACCAACAUGGUUAUGGUUUUCGGAGAAAUCACAACCAAAGCCGAUGUCAACUACGAGAAAAUCGUCCGCGACACCUGCCGUGAAAUCGGUUUCGUUUCUGACGAUGUGGGUCUUGAUGCCGACAACUGUAAGGUGUUGGUGAACAUUGAGCAACAGAGCCCUGAUAUUGCUCAAGGUGUUCAUGGUCACUUGACCAAACGCCCUGAGGAGAUUGGUGCUGGUGACCAAGGUCAUAUGUUUGGAUAUGCGACUGAUGAAACCCCUGAACUCAUGCCUCUUAGCCAUGUCCUCGCAACCAAGCUUGGUGCUAAGCUGACUGAAGUCAGGAAGAACGGAACCUGCCCAUGGUUGAGACCUGAUGGGAAAACCCAAGUCACUGUUGAGUACUACAAUGACAACGGAGCCAUGGUCCCGAUCCGUGUCCACACCGUUCUGAUCUCUACCCAGCACGAUGAAACCGUUACAAACGAUGAAAUCGCAGCAGAUCUUAAACUACACGUGAUCAAGCCAGUCAUUCCAGAGAAAUACCUAGAUGAGAAGACCAUCUUCCAUUUGAACCCAUCUGGCCGAUUUGUCAUCGGUGGACCUCACGGAGAUGCAGGUCUAACCGGAAGGAAGAUCAUUAUCGAUACCUAUGGAGGUUGGGGAGCUCAUGGUGGUGGUGCUUUCUCCGGAAAGGAUCCAACUAAGGUUGACAGGAGUGGUGCUUACAUUGUUAGACAGGCUGCUAAGAGCAUUGUUGCUGGUGGACUUGCUAGGAGGUGUUUGGUGCAGGUUUCUUAUGCUAUUGGUGUUCCUGAACCAUUGUCGGUUUUCGUUGACAGUUAUGGAACUGGGAAGAUUGCUGAUAAGGAGAUUCUUAAGCUGGUGAAGGAGAAUUUUGAUUUCAGGCCUGGUAUGAUUUCUAUUAACCUUGAUUUGAAGAGGGGUGGUAACAGGUUCUUGAAGACUGCUGCUUAUGGACACUUUGGAAGGGAUGAUGCUGACUUUACUUGGGAAGUUGUGAAGGAUCUGAAAUGGGAGAAGCCAACUGAAGCUUAGAAGAGUAUGAUCAAAUUGGGUUAUUUGGUUAAGAACUUUUAUAUUCUUCUUCCUUCUUUUUUAAUGAAUAAUUUCAGUUUGCAUCAUUAUUGAUUUCUGGUUUAUUGUUAUUGAAAUUAAUCACUCUUUUGUGGGUUGGAUUCUAUUUGUUACACAUCAGUAUUGGUAUGUAAUAUCCUCUAGGGUUUUAAUAUUUUAUGGAGAAAUGAAAUUGGAGGUUUUUAUUA